UCAGUGUAGUCUGACUUCUCGACAUUGUCACUUGUCAAUAGAAGUUUUAUUCAUUUUAUAAGACUUUUGUCUCUUAAUUCUUAAGAUUUAAUUUUCGUUACCGUGGAUUCUAAUUUAGAUUAGUUGAAUACAAAACAUAUCCUAGAGUGUCAAAUUAAACGUCAUGUACAGAAACCUAACGAAACAAAUUCGGCAUUUUCGAUUGACAGACAACUCGUCAUGGCUGAAUUUUCAGGUGGCGAGUCUUUAUCACAGCGGAUCGGCAUAUUACGGUUAUCGGCCAAAGCUGGUGCAGGAUUGGAAAAUUCCGUCUCAUCAUUUGUCUGCACGUCAAUCCAAUAGAAAUUUAAGAGCAUUGAUUGAAGCAUAUCAAAGCCAUGGACAUCGUAAAGCGUCUGUCAAUUCCAUUGAAUUAAGCAAAGUUGAAAACGUUCCUGAAUUAGAUGCUUUAAGGUAUGGAUUAGAGCUUUCCCACAAGCUGCCAUUUCUUGAAGGAUUAGUUGGAUUUAGUGACGCUCGUUUGGAAAAUAUUGGAGAUCUCAUUGCAAAGCUUGAUGAAACAUACUGCCAAAAAGUGAGUGCAGAAUUUUCCUUCAUCGAAUCAGAAUGUGAACGUGAAUGGUUUGCGGAAAAUUUUGAGAAAUUGCUCGAUGAAAAACUUUCGAUAACGAAGGAAGAGAAAAUUAAAUUGGCAACUGAACUCCUGCAAUUUCAAGAAUUUGAUCGCUUUAUGAAUAUUAAAUUGCCUUCGAUUAAAAGAUACGGAGGUGAGGGAUCUGAGUCGACAGUAGCUUUUUUCCGAAAGCUUUUAAAUCUAUCCGGAAGUGAAGAAAUUGACACGAUUGUUCUUGGCAUGCCUCAUCGUGGAAAAUUAAAUGCUUUAGUCACUUUAUUUCAACAAAGACCAGCAAAGAUUUUCCGCAAAUAUCGUGGAUUACCAGAGUUUGGCAAUGAUGUAGUUGCAAUGAUGGACAUCACAAAUCAUUACAAUGUUUCUGAAGAUUUUGAUGUGGGUGAUAACAAGAAAGUUCAUUUGACAAUGUUACAUAAUCCAUCGCAUCUGGAAGCUGUCAAUCCAGUAACAAUGGGAAAAACACGAUCGAAACAACAAAGUCUACGUGAUGGUGCAUUUAACGAUGAUAACGCGAAAGAGUUUGGCAGUGAAGUCAUCAACAUUCAACUUCAUGGUGAUGCAGCUUUUUCAGGUCAAGGAAUGAAUCAAGAAUGUCUUAUGUUAGCUUACACUCCAAACUUUGACAUUGGUGGAACAAUUCAUCUUGUAAUCAAUAACCAAAUUGGUUUCACGACUCCAGGUGAUCGUGGCAGGUCAAGCAGAUACAGCACUGACGUCGCAAAAUCAAUUAAUGCUCCAAUAAUUCAUGUUGAUGGAAAUGACCCUGAACUUGUAUGGCUGGUUACCAAACUUGCAUUUCAAUAUCAGAGAAAGUUUAGAAAAGACAUUUUCAUUGACAUGAAUUGUUUCAGGCGACUUGGACAUAACGAACUUGAUGAUCCCACAGUCACAAAUCCACUCAUGUACAAAAUGAUUCGUGAUAUGAAAUCUGUUCCAGAUACUUACGCACAAAAGAUGAUUGACGAAGGAUUUAUGGCGAAACAAGAAAUUGAUGAUAUUGUGAAGAAACAAUUUGAUUACUACAACAGUGAACUUCAGAAUGUUGAGCAAUAUCAACCGGAAAAAUCUUAUUUUAUGAAACAAUGGGAAGGCUUCGUUCAAGCUCCAAAUAAUCUCACAGUCUGGGAUACUGGCGUUGAUUGGAGUCUAUUAAGUUACAUUGGAAGACAAUCUGUUUAUUAUCCGAAAGAAUUUUCAAUCCACCCGCAUAUUAAAAAAACAUUUGUCAAUUCAAGGCUGAAGAAACUUGCUGAUGGAAAUGCAAUAGAUUGGGCAACAGCAGAAGCAUUUGGUGUGGGUAGUUUAAUGUAUCAAGGACAUAAUGUUCGGAUAUCAGGCGAAGAUGUUGGUCGAGGGACAUUUGCUCAACGUCAUGCAAUGUUAGUUGACCAAGAAACAAAUGAAGUCGUUGUCCCAUUAAAUUCAAUGAAAGGUGGACUUGGUGGAAAGUAUGAAGUUGCAAACAGCAUUUUAUCUGAAGAAGCUGUGUUAGGAUAUGAAUAUGGAAUGUCGAUUGAUAAUCCUGAUAAUCUCAUCAUUUGGGAAUCUCAAUUUGGAGAUUUCUUCAAUGGAGCACAAAUUUUAAUCGACACUUUCAUUGCUAGUGGCGAAACAAAAUGGAUGAGAUGUAGCGGUCUUGUUAUUCUUCUACCUCAUGGGUAUGAUGGAGCUGCUUCGGAACAUAGUUCGUCGAGAAUGGAACGAUUUUUACAAAUGACUGAUUCAAAGGAAACAGUUCCUGAUGGCGACGAUGUUAACAUGCACAUAAUAUUUCCAACAACUCCAGCACAAUACUUUCAUGCUCUUCGAAGACAAAUUAUUAGAAAUUUCCGAAAGCCUUUAGUGAUAAUCGGUCCGAAAACGAUGCUUCGUAUGUCAGAAGCUACAUCACCUUAUCAAGACUUCCAACCGGGUACAAAUUUCAAAAAUGUUCUUCCUGAUACGACUGUCGAUCCUAAAAAUGUUAAGCGAGUUCUGUUGUGCAGCGGAAAACAUUAUUACAGCUUAGUAAAUGAAAGAAAGACGAAAAAUAUUCAAGACACUGCAAUUAUUCGCAUAGAAUCUCUUUGUCCAUUCCCCGUUUACGACAUUCACCAUGAAUUAGAUAAAUACAAGAAUGCAAAAACUUUUAUUUGGAGUCAGGAAGAACAUCGCAAUAUGGGUGCAUGGAACUUUAUACAUCCGAGAUUUGAAAACACGUGCGGUCGAAGAAUAAAAUAUUGUGGCAGAAACGAAGCAGGAACUCCGGCUACAGGUGUCAGUUCGAUUCAUCAGAAAGAGUCAACAUACGUUGCUUCACAGCCAUUCAUCAUGUAAACGUUUGCAACCACUGCUUUUAAUACUUUUUUUUAUUGAAAAGAAUUUAAUUAAUGCUUUGUUACCAUUAAAAAUAAUUUUUGAUAAAUAAAUGAAAUUUUAUUGACUUCGUAAUGACUCAAAUUUUAAUGACAAAAAAAAAUGUUUUGUUGAAGAGGAAAAAAGUUUUUAAAGUUUACAACAAAAUU